AUGUCUGGACAAGUGAAGCCUGGCCGUACGGCAGUUGCAGGGUCCGGCGGUGGGUCAACCAGCGAGCCGCCGCGCCAACCCCCUUCUGUCCACCAGGGUGGCGCGAGCGGCGGUGUAGACCACACUUACGAAAACUGGCAAGAAGAGGUCGCCGAACUAGAAGCGUCUUCACACGAGUACGAAGAAGCCGUGUCCCCUCCGCCCGGGGUUUGCGUCGAGGACUUCAGACGUCGAGUCAACCGAUGCAAAGCGACAACAGACGCGGCCACAGACACCGUCGAGUCGACUGAGCAAAGCGGUCGCCGUCCUUUGUUUGACUUCAUCCGAACCCACCGCCACUACUUCGCUGCUACCCUCGCGGUAGUGAUCCUGGCCACUGUACAACUCGUCCUGUUCAUGUAUAUCAAUGUUCAGUUCAUCAAACACAAAGAGCACGUCAACAUCAGUGCGGAUGCUUUGAAACGCAACCUGGAGCUGCGUCUUGAAAAGAUGAAGGAAGAUUGUCGAGGAUCGGAGAAUCCAAUGGGUCGCGUCGGACCACCUGGACCCAAGGGAACAGCUGGAUCACCAGGAAAAGACGGGUCACGCGGGCCAGCGGGCAUACCCGGGAAGACUGGGUCACCUGGACCGAUCGGUCCAGCGGGCCUACCCGGGAAGACUGGGUCACCUGGACCGAUCGGGCCAGCAGGCCUACCCGGGAAGACUGGGUCACCUGGACCGAUCGGGCCAGCGGGCCUACCCGGGAAGACUGGGUCACCUGGACUGAUCGGGCCAGCGGGCCUACCCGGGAAGACUGGGUCACCUGGACUGAUCGGGCCAGCGGGCCUACCCGGGAAGACUGGGUCACCUGGACUGAUCGGGCCAGCGGGCCUACCCGGGAAGACUGGGUUACCUGGACCGAUCGGGCCAGUGGGCCUACGCGGGAAACCUGGGCCGAUCGGGCCAGCGGGCUCUCCCGGGAAGACUGGGCCACCUGGGCCGAUCGGGCCAGCCGUGGGCUCUCCCGGGAAGGCGGCCAAGCCCAGGGCCGAUCGGGCCAGGGGAAAGGGCUCUGCCUGGAAGACUGGGUAUUUUUUGGGCUGCAGUAAAAUUUGCAAAUAAAGAUGCA